UGUUGUCUACCUCUGCCUCCCUAUCCCUUUGUAAUUGUGUUGCCAUUUCCAAAGAGUGCAGGAAAACAGCCACAAGCUCUUGGUCCUCCUGUUUCCUUCUCUCUAAUUUGAAUCCUGAUUAUAACCAAAAACCUUUCAAGAAACAAAAAAAGAAGGAAGAUAAAGUCCUAAUUGUGGCGAAUAUCUGGUCUAUUCGCUUUUCUUGAAAAGAUCCCUGUUAAGAUCAUGCCUACGCAAAUUAAAGACCCGGUGACUUUGGUUUCUCGUGCUGGUCGACACUUACAACGAUACGAUAAGGGAUUUCGUCAAGUUGUUGGUUGCAUACCUUACAGAUAUAGAGAAACAAACGAAGCAUCUCCUACAAAUGGAGCCCUAAGUGGACAACUAGAAGUCCUUGUAAUUAGUGCACAAAAUGGCCAAGGAAUGUUAUUCCCAAAGGGAGGUUGGGAAACUGAUGAACCCAUAAAAAAGGCCGCAAUGCGCGAAACCCGAGAAGAAGCCGGUGUAAUUGGUGACAUAGAACCUGAAUUAGGUGAAUGGAUAUACAAGAGCAAGCGCCGCAGCAUUAUUCAUAAAGGAUACAUGUUUCCUCUGCUUGUCAAGGACGAAUUGGAGUUUUGGCCCGAGAAGAAUUUUAGGGAGCGAAGAUGGGUUUCGGUCAGUAAAGCCAGAGAAAUAUGUCCACAUUUGUGGAUGAGGGAAGCUUUAGAAGAGUUAGUUCGGCGACAAACACAACUCAAACGCAGAGGAUGUGAAGAAUGACAACUCACUUAGAGAGACAAACAUCCCUAAACCUAACAGGGAGAUUCGGACCAAAAUCGGUUGGAAAAUGGAUCCACGGAUCAGUUGAAGAAGGUUUAGGACUUGGGACAUCUCAUGUACAUGUAAAAAAACUAUUGAAUUCAAUUGAUUUCUUUCAUGUUAAUGAGAGAAUUUUGAGAUUUGAUUCUCAACAUUGUGUUUCUCUGCUCGUUCUCUUGUUCAAGAGUCUUUUUGUUUUGGGUCACACCAUUGUAGGAUGAUAUCUAUUUUGUCGAGUAGUGAGACCAAGUUGUGUUGAUGGUGCUGUAACAAGUUGAUAAUGAUUGAGGUGUUAGGUUGGAUUGUAAUGAGGGCAUUGAUGAAGGGGCUCCAGAGAAGGUGAUGGUGAUGGAUUUGGAAUAACAUUCAUUCUCGAAGCCUUAUUGGA